AGAAUGAAGAUUCAACCCCAAAACCAGAAUCUGCAUCCCAGACAGUUGCCUCAUCGGUGUCCGAGGCCUCACAGUGCAGCUCCUGAGUGGGGUGGAUCAUCACCUGCCCUUGGCCCACCUGGCUCAGUGUCUCAUGCUCUUCAAGCAUCUUGAAUUGAUGUGCUAUCUUUCUCCGAGAGGCCGCAGAUUGGAUCACCUGUGAAUGUGCAUGCUGCAGAGGAUUCUAGAAAAGGUGAUGGUACGUCAGAAGACCAGGAUGUGGCCAGACAAGGAGAGAAGCUGGCUGACCAGAUUCAGCCCCCCAGGGAGGAGGCUGUAGUGCGGAUGACCAAGUACCGUGCCCCACAAGGACCAGGGGAUAUAGUCAUGAUACAGUCGGAACACACAGGUGCAGUGGAUGUCCUCUCUGCAGAGCUGGAGACUAUGGACCUCCUUGAUGAGCAGAGAAAAGCUCAGCCUCCUCCUCUGGCUCCACCCUCCACUUGGACCACUUGCAAGAUAAGGGAAUUCAAAGCCAAAAUGGGAAAGGAGAAGAAUGCUCAGAUGGUGGUGAAACGGGGUGAAGUAGUGACAGUCCGGGUGCCAACACACCCAAAUGGGAAGCGUGUUUGCUGGGAGUUUGCUACGGAUGAUUAUGACAUUGGCUUUGGGGUCUAUUUUGACUGGACUCCUGUCACCAGUACUGCCAUUACUGUGCAAGUCAGUGAAUCAAGUGAUGAGGAAGAUGAAGAGGAAGAAGAUGAGAUUGAAGGACUCACCCCAGUUGGAGAUGUGGAGAGGGGCUCUAAAAGCCGUCUACGAAACCGCUAUGGGGAGAUCAUGCCUGUGUACCGAAGGGAUAGUCACCGGGAUGUGCAGGCAGGCACCCAUGACUAUCCGGGCGAGGGCAUCUACCUGCUCAAAUUUGACAACUCCUACUCCCUCCUGCGCAACAAGACUCUCUUCUUUCAUGUCUAUUACACCAGCUGAAGGAGUGGAGGGAGCGGAGACAGCAGGCAGGUAACACUGAGUAAAGCAGGCUGCCAGCCGGGACUGGCACCCCCUAACUGGCACUGCCCUAUGGCCAAGUGAGACACCUGACUCUCUGUUCUUAUCCACAGGAGAGCAGGGUUUCCCCCAUUCCCUCCUAGCUUACUCACAGGAAACGGUAGCUGUGACUGCUCAGUCGUCCAAAGGCAACUCCUCUCGCUCUAAAUUUCAGGAAGCCUGCUCUGUGCAGGCAUCAGGCUGGGACUUUUCAUUACAGCCAGUAAAUUGUCAGAGGGCAGAUUCAGGUGGCAGCAUUUCUUUCUGUUUCACUUGUAUGAACUGAAGCUGAAAUACCUUUUUUUUUUUUUUAAAUAAAUCCUCAAACUCUUCUGCCACCUCUGGAUCACCAGGGGGUAACUGCCAAUCACACUUUGCUAGGAGGCAAAGCCACCUGUACCACAGGCACUCUCCAGCUGCAUCCUAGCUGCACUGCUGUGCUUCACACACUAGCCAUGCCUCCAGUAAUCUGAGUGGGGACUCAUCCCUCCAGCUACCUGAGUUGCAGCCUGCAUCCUCUGACCCCAUUUGUGGUGGUGUAGUUAUGUCACAAGUGCCAGACCCAAUCAUGUGAAACCUUUAUUUUGGAGCCUUGCAGAGGUAAUCAUAGGAAGAUCUCCAUAGGAAAGGGACAGUAGGUGUGGAUGGGGAGGUGGAUACAGAUCAUCCUGACAGUGGGGAUGUGUGAAACUCCUGUCACCAACAAAAGUUUCUCUUACCUGUGGGGAAAAUUGAGCUGCAGCCUCUUGUGUUACUGUAAAACUGUUAAUGAUCCCAGGUCAACACACUUUGAAUCUGAAAAAUAUGGGAUCAGCCUUUCCCUUAUAUACCUGCCUGGAGUUAGUGAGUCCCUGAAGUCAUUGCUAACUCCUAACCCAUUGAGGAAUGCAGCUCCCUGGCCCACCUCAGGGGUUAGCAAUGGCAUUAGUGGUCAGCCUCUGCUCAGCUCUUGGCAGGAAUAAGCAAGGAUCACAUUAAUCUGUCAACAGUUGGGUUUUAAAGGGUAUUUAUUUGUAACUCUUUAAGAUUUGAAAUGAGUAUUUAUUUGAUUUUUAUUCAAUAACAUUCUCAUUCAGUGUAGCUGCUGAAUUUGCUCUGUGGUGCAUCUGUUUGGAGUUAGUGGCUUUGUGCAUGAUGAUUCUGGUGAGGUUCCAGUCUGACACCCUCCAGAUAUUGCCCUUCUGUGCAGAUACAGUCCUCGCUGCAGAUGGCGUUAGUGUUGUCAUGUAUGAAGUCAAAGUCUUCACCCUCCUAAGAAGCCCAGUAAUUCCCUGGUGAUUCCAUACCUCUUGAUUCAGGCCCUUCUUUUUAUCUGCUCUGCCUACUUAAGCACUCAGGAGGAAUGAGUAGGUCAGGGAGGUAAGAGCAGAGGAAGGUGUACAGUUGAGCAGCCCUUGCCAGUCUGCUGCUUCAACAGUAGUGGGUGGGGAGGGCAAGGCAGCAUAGGCUCAGGCACCAACAUGUGUUCUUGUUUUUCAGGAGAGGAAGGAGGCAGGGAGCACUACUGCUGUGCUAAAAGAGGUGAGGGAUGAGGAGCAGGGCUGCUUCUCCUUUAAGAGGCACAGAGGCAAGCAACUGUAGCUCUUUUCUCUUCCCAGGAAGGGAGAGGGGAGUGAAGAGCAGAACGGCUCAGCCCUGGAGGAGCUGGAAGGUAAAGUAGCUUCCUAAUUUCAGGUAGCAUCAGUGGAGGGGCCCUCCAAGGAGGAAGAGAAGCAGGAUUUUUUUUUAAGGGUAAGGCCCUCCCUUCCCUUCUGAGCAGCCUGGGCAGGGGGUCCUCUCUCCCUGACCCCCUAACAGUCUGGGCAGGGAUGCCUGCUUCCUCCCCAAGCCCUCUUUGAAGUGCCAGGGCAGGUACCUCCCUCUCAAGUUGCUUCCUUCCACAACCUCUCCCCCAGGGCCUGAUCAGCUAAUGCAAGGAAACCCCUCUUUUUACUCAGUCUGGCUCUCAACUUCCUAAACACCAGAUGUGGAGCAGGGUCCUGCCCCACCCCUUAAAUAUUCUGCUUCUGACUGUAAAUCUCCGUGGUCCCUGUUUCUCUCCCCCCCCCCCCCCCCGUGCAAUGCAUCAGUGACUGCUAUGUAUUUGGCCCUUUGCUACAUAUUUUGGAGGGUCCUGCAUGCAUCUGAAAGACUAGAGGAAUGAGCGAUGCACUGUCUAGGCCAGCCGCCGCUGUCUGAAACAGGACUUAGUAAAUAAGGAAGACAUGUCUGAUCUGUGUGUAUAUAUACCAGGUAUUCUAUAGACCGAUGAUGUCAUUGAUUCUCAUUUGGAGAGCUCUACUCAGGGCCAGUGUUCUAGAACUGUCUCCAGGAUAAAUUGUUCCCCUUUAGCCAAGAAGAGACUGUUUCCUUUCUAGGUAAUUGGCAGCUGCUCCAAAUAGUCCUUAGCUAAGGUGGACUGUACAGUAGAUGGGAAUCCCAGUGUUCAGUCCUGGCCUUCUGAAAUAGAGACAGAUCUUUCUUCUGAGGCUCAGUCCACUUCAUCAGAUUUGCCCCCUUCUUGUCUCCUUGAUUAAAGACAAAUGCUCUUUAUAUAUGGUGUACAGUCCCAAGCUGGUAUAUGUGCCAGUCUUAUUACCUCGUGUCUAUAGCCACGUUUGCUGCUGACUGGAGUAAAGGGGCCUUGACCCAUCUUCCUUUAUUGUUGAUAUUUCACCAGAGUAGCUUGUAUUUCCCAUAACAGCUGAAAGUGGAGAAUAUUUAAUCUACAAUAAUUAAAGCUUCACAGCUUCCAGGAUAAGUCACACUUUUCUUUGGUCUUUUGUUUCCAAGUUAUGUGAACAUAUUGGUGACCUUGUCACCCGGGUACUGAUGAAAAUAUAUGGGUGACUGACUGACUGAGAACCACUUGUCUUUGGGAUGGUUUACAGUCGUCACUAAUUGUUCCUAGUAAAGUCAGUAACUCAGCCCUUUAGUCUUGUUAAGAUACUUCAAUCAAGUCUCUAGCAGAAAGCAUAUCCAGUUAGCAAGGAAAGGACGCUGUAUAGCCAGUGGCUUACAGCAGUUAUUUCCAUUCAGUGUAUGGCAUCUUAAGCCCCAGUUAGAUCAAAGGAAUAACCUCCUCUCCCUGUCUCACUCCUCGCUAAGCUACAGCUUCCUUGGUAUCUCUGCCCACAAUACCUACUAGGCUUGUAUCCAGCCCUGGUACCUAUAGCGGAAGCAGUGUUGGGGAGACCUCCAUUCUGACUGCAGACAUGGGGAGCUGUGCCUCCUGAGUCUGAGACGAAAAGUGAAUUCUGAAAUGGAUUCUAGUUUUGCAAGGCAGUUAGUAACCUAAAAAUAUUCACUUUGAGGAAAGUUCCUAACUUGUUUUCAUGGAGCGAUGCUUUUGUGUGUUUUCCUCUCCUAUAGUUUGUGGCUAGAAAAAACUAAAACCUCACCAGAGAAAAGAAUUAUCUUCUAUUUGGCAAAGUGUGUCUUCCUUCUGUGUGUUUUUGUGACUGAAUGUGAAAUUAAUUACUGUUUUUUGUACGUUCACCUGUAUUAUGAAUGUUAUACACACCUGGGAGAGUUUGCUUAGUAGUUUCUAUGGCACAUUCAGCAAGGGAGAGGAUGGACAAACAUAGCUUUUUUUGCGCAGGUCCUACAUAAAAAAACAACUCUUGUACUUAAAUUUACAACAGUGGAGACUUAAAAUUCCUAGCAGAUUGUGACAAUGUCAGAGGAAGUCAUAAAUUACCCACAACUCCCUCUUCCCUUCCCCAUUGCAAGAGUAUUGAGAGCAGUAGAAAUCCAGGUAGUGUGUGUUGCAUUUAGAUCACAGAAUUAAAACUCUUGAGGCCUGUUUAAACUGAAGUCAUUGGCAAAAUUUCAUUGACUUCAAUGGCAGUAGGAGUAGGCCCUUGGUUUUCAGACUACUUGGAGGCCUGUGAUCUGGACCCUUCCAAAGGGUUAUUUGUAGGUUUGUGUGUGCCACUUCUAGGGCAGACACUUUAAUAUUCGGGGCCUGUUAAAUAACUUAGUGGCAUAAUGUUAAGUCUCUUUUGAAACGUUAGAGCUGGGAUGAAAAUGCACAUUCAGACCUUGAGAGGGGGAAUUUAGAUGUCUGUUUUUAACUUUUUUUUGUGGGAGUUGAAGAGGAAUUUCUUAGGACCUUGUCUAUUCUAGAAACUAGAGAACUUCCUGGCCAAAGCACUCUGCUUCCUUUCUCACUGCCUGUGAACUUGCCCCCCUUUUUUGUGCGUGUGUGUACACGCCAUCAAGCUGCAUCAGUAGCCUCCAGUGGGCAAAUGUACAGAAACAGUAAGUGUGGCUGGACUUGUGGAGCUGGGUAGGAGAUAAGUGGGGGAGCCAUGUUACAUGUCCAGUGGCUGUGCCUUGGUGGCUCUGGAGCAGGAAGGAGCUCAUUAGAUAUCUUUGCAGGGUGGGGUUUUGGGAGGGAUCUCUAUUCUAGUACACUUGCAUCCCAGUUGGAUUUUUUUCUUCUUUUUCUCCUCUCGUCCCCCCAAAAGCCACUCCCUAAGAAUUUAUCACAUGGUGCCUUGAAACAAGGAGUGAAACCAGAGCCAUAGACUUUAUUAUUCACUUUCUCAGACCCUUAAUUGCAAGGGUUUCCUCCCCCUCACUUUUCCAUCUACCUUCCAAAUAGCACACUUAGAAGUCAGGCUGGUGAUUCCUUAUAGUCUGUCACAGUUUCAGGGUAACUGUACCUGUAUCCAUACACCCUGCUGUGGUCCACCCCAGGAGUGCCCAAUCACGUCUCCAGCUGUCACCUGUCUCUGGGCAAGGACUCUUUUCCCACUCCCUUUUCACUGGACGUUUUAAGGCUGCACACGUCCUUGUCUUACACUGUGAUAUCCCCAGCAAGUCAGUCUGCCGAACAGCUAGUGCCUGUGUGUUGCUUUCUCUCUGAGGGCUAUGAACAGUGUAUUGCAAACAGUCAUGAGUUACCACACAGCUCUUUCUAAGCAAGCACCCUUAUUAAGAUAAAAGCAUUAAAGAGAACCUAUAAAAACAAUAAAUUCCUAUACACAUGCUAAAAGCUUAUCAGAGGUUACUCUGAUCAGUCAUAGGGGGCCCUAAUAGGCCAAAGUCUUUCCCACCUUCCACAAGGAUUGGGGCUUCCCUCAGAUAUAAGACCCUGUCUGUUUGCAGGAUCAGAAAGGAGGUCUGAGUCAGUUUAAACCCUGCUCUUUGAUAUCAAAAGCCCUUUGUCCGUUUGUCUCCCAGUUUGAACCAGUAGGUGUGCAAGCCUCGUGGGGGGUGGUAUCUCUUUACAGGUGUUUACAACCCAAGUCAGGGGUCGGCAUCCUUUCAGAAGUGCUGUGCCGAGUCUUCAUUUAGUCACUCUAAUUUAAGGUUUCACAUGCCAGUAAUACAUUUUAACAUUUUUAGAAGGUCUCUUUCUAUA